AUGCUUAAGUACGACGAUGAAGACGAGGAGUUCGUCAAGUUUAACGACUCCGUGUCCGACUUAAGCGACUUAGAGAACAUUGAUCAGAUCCCGCCUCAAAAGUCUAUGCGGGAUUAUUUCAACGAGAUGGAUCUAUCUCCAUCCAUGAUGAAGCUGUGUGAGGCUGGGUAUGCUAACACGGCGGGUGGGCCCUUGGAAGACAUUUCCAUGCGCAUUACAUGUCGUUACGAGAAACAGUGGAUUGAGCUCGAAGACGAAGGCGACUACCGCGUAGUGCCGAGCUUUAUGCGCUUCGUUGAUCACUUCGCCAAUGGCGUGACAACGCGUCUCAACUGGCCUGUUGCUAGCGUAGACUACUCACGGAACGACCACGUCAUUGUGACCAACACAGAGGGCAAGCAGAUCUCAUGCCGCACACUGGUUGUGACUGUGUCGACUGCCGUGUUCUCGAAGAUCGCCUACAUCCCGGUGUUGCCUCAGGAGAAAAUCGAUGCUGUGGCAUCUUUUGACAUGCGUCGUGCAGGCAAAGUGCUGCUGCACAUGUCCGGUCGCUUCUGGCCCGAGGACGCACACGGUGUUGUAUGCUCCGAUUGCUUCUUGCCCGAGUUCUGGAUCAACAGCACGCAGGGUAUUGGCCACUUGAAGUCCAAUGGCGACGAGCUGUGUGCUGACAUGGAGACCAAGGGUAGUGAGGCGCAGUACCUCAUCACGGGAUACGCCGGUGCGUUGUACGCGGAGAAAUUUGUCGCCGUGGAUCACAAGAAGAUUAUUGAAGGCUUUCUCGACCAACUCGAUAUGAUUUAUGGCACCGUGGACGAGCCGUCUCCUGCGCGGAAAUACUACGUCAAGGGAACGUACAAGGAUUGGGGUGACGAGCCAUGGAUCCGCGGAGGCUACGCUUUCCCUCGCGUGGGCCAGUCCGACACGGCGUCAUACGAUCUGGCUGCGCCUGUGGCCGGCCGCAUCUUCUUCGCCGGUGAAGCGACAGCUUUUGAGCAGCCCGGCAUGUCGGUGCAUGCCGCCGUCGACACCGGAGCACGCGCGUCGGAGCAGGUGACGCGUGCGCUGCAGGAGUUGUAG